AUGCCUCAAGAAGUCGGCAACAAGGCGUCUGUGGACUCCGAGCCCUCCACGUUGGCUUCGCCUGGCGCGGCCGAAGAGACCCUUCUUGUCCAACACGACGACCGUGAGCCCGCUGAUCGCGAAUUUACCAGGUCUCCCAGUGAGUUUGAGCUGGGCCAGCUGUAUUAUGAUGCGGAAGGGGAAGCUCUCCUCCUGGAAGAGCAUGAGAAGCCCGCGCCGGAGCCUAUCAAGACAUCUCCUGUCAAGGCCAUAAUAUGGACCGUGGUGAACGUGGUUGCGACUGUCUUGAUCGUUUUCACUAACAAGGCCAUCUUCUCCGACAAGGCCCUUAAAUUCACGCAGCUCACUUUCGCCGCCUUCCACUUCACCAUUACCUGGCUCGCUCUCUUCGUCCUCUCCUGUGAGCGCUUUGCAUUCUUCACGCCCCAAAGAGCCUCGUUCCGCCAAACAGCGCCACUGUCCAUCGCCAUGGCCCUCAACGUCGUCUUCCCGAACCUCUCCCUUGCCUACUCGACAGUCGCAUUCUACCAGAUUGCUCGAAUUCUCGUCACGCCCGUUGUUGCAGCCAUGGACUACUUGCUGUAUAAGGUGACUCUGCCUGUUCGGGCUCGCAUCGCACUGCUUCCUGCUUGCAUUGGCGUCGGCAUGGUCUCGUACUAUGAUUCUCGACCGACGAAUAAUGCUAUCAACUCGACUUCCGAUCUGGGUGCCAUUUAUGCGUUUUCUGGUGUCUUCUUCUCAUCCCUUUACACAGUCUGGAUCGCAAGCUACCGUCGACGGCUGAACAUGACAAGCAUGCAGCUGCUCUUCAACCAGGCGCCCAUCUCAGCUUUCAUGUUGCUCUACUUUAUUCCCUUUGUCGAUACGUUCCCAGCCUGGGCCGAGGUCUCGAUGAACCAUUGGGUUUUUAUUGCUCUGUCUAGCAUCUUUGCCGUUUUGAUCAAUGUUUCCCAGUUCUUUAUUGUCGCUGAAAUGGGUCCCGUUACGAGCACCGUCGUCGCGCACAGCAAGACGUGCAUCAUCGUGGCUUUCGACUGGCUCUCUUCCGGACGAGCCGUGCGCGACAAGUGCGUCCUUGGUCUCGUCAUGGCUUUCCUUGGAAUCACUGCGUAA